CAACUCACCUUUACCUGGACAACACAGCGAUUGUUUAAUUAUGUUCAUUCUGCGCAGACGUUGGCUUAGACUGAGUUUCAGUUAUAUUAAAAGUAUACUUUUUCACUAAUCAGAAGUGCAGUCAAAUCCAUCAAGAUGACUUACUUCCUCACACAGUCAGGUUAAUUAGCGGUGCUAAUUAAUCAUUAAUAUCUAGUCUGACUACAUAUUUUACCUUUGUUCCUGUCUAAACCGGGGAGUUGGAUCGCAAUUAGCAUUAUCAAAAUAUUCAUACAGUUCAACCCGUUUACGUCGACAACCCGUCUAUGUGGACCAACUCAUCAGUGGCCUGUUACACAAAACUAGGAUAAGGGAUUAAGCCGUGAUAUCUUGGUUAUUCUGGCUCAGUUUAUCCGAGAUCCGGUUACACAAAAGUGUGAUCUCUUCUGACAUAAACUACAGUAGAGAUCUAUUCUGUGGAGUUAGCCUGGUCUGCAGCAGGCUAAGGUCCAGGGUCUAUUUCAUCUCAUCCCGUGGUCAGUGUUCACCAUAAAUGGAAACCAAUCAUUAUUCCACUGCCCAUGCAGCUACACCCACUGUCAUUAUUUCAACAAUUGUCAUCAUUCGUUUCAAACCUUGCACAUUAGAUAAUUUACACAUCCUAUAUAUAAAAUACACAUCACAUACACAGUAGUGUGGAAAAAGUGAUUGGCCCCUAAACCUAAUAACUGGUUGGGCCACCCUUAGCAGCAAAAACUGCAAUCAAGCGUUUGUGAUAACUCCUGAAAUGUUGUGUAUUUCAGAAUGAUACAAAAAGGCCUGUUUCAGGGACCACAAACGGGGUCAACAAUUUAAAGCUGUUCUGCAGAAAUGGAGGUUGAUCAAGCCUUGGCAGUUUGGUGCAAUCAAUUCCGACAGGUGUUCCAGGUUCUGGAGUACUUACCACAUCCUCUGUCUGCAUAUAAACAGUGUUGGGAAGACACUGUGGUGCUAUACCCUCGUGAACAUCAGUUGAACAGCAUUGAACUGGAGAAAGUCAUUUGUUGCAAGAAAAAAAGGGAAUUAACAAUGGAGGAGAGACGGAGCAUCUUAAAACUUCGAAAUUCAAAAGCCAACAUGACUGACAAGAAGGCCGUGAUCAAGAAUGCGGACAUGUCUGAGGAAAUGCAGCAGGACGCGGUGGACUGCGCCAUGCAAGCGAUGGAAAAGUACAACAUUGAGAAGGACAUUGCUGCCUAUGUGAAGAAGGAGUUUGACAAGAAGUACAACCCCACGUGGCACUGCAUCGUGGGGAGGAACUUUGGCAGCUACGUGACGCACGAGACCAAGCAUUUCAUAUACUUCUACCUCGGCCAGGUGGCCAUUCUACUCUUCAAGUCGGGCUGAAUUCCUCUCCCCGUUCCCCGAAAAGCACAUUUUACCAUCUCAUCAGCUCAUAAUACGUUUGUGCCAUGCUGUCCAUCAGCCACCCUGAAAACGGGCCUUCCUCGCGGGGACUUUUUGGUACUAUAGAGAAGGUGGGUGCGUGUGUUGGUGGUGUUUUGCUGUCUUGUGACAGCCACGUGGACGUUUUACUUUCAUUUCACAUGUUUGCCUAAUUUAAAAUGAGCAUCAUUUCUUUUGAUGUUGUUGUGAACGCCUUCAUUUGUUGUGUGGCAGAUGGAACUAAGCUGCCAGACUGUUGCCUGCGCUGAAUAAAAAGUGACAAUGAAACCGUUUUUUCUUGUACGUGGUGCUGUGUUAGGAUAUUCACGUUGGCGCAGAUUGUAACUUUGCUCACGUUUAACUCUCAACAGCAAAUAUUGUCUUGUAUCACGCGUCCUCACUUUCUUUUUGCGGUGUUGUUUUAAGUGUUGGAUGCGAUUUCGGUGACAUCGCUGUUGUUAACUUUCCAACUGAAAACAAUAUAAGCUUAACACUUUAAUUAAGAGACUUAUAAAUUAUUUAAAUGUACCAAUUGAAUGAUUUGUAUUAAUCUAUUCCAGGGGUGUCCAAAGGUUUUCCAGCGAGGGCCACAUAGUGAAGAAUGAAAGGAUGCCACUUUCAUAUUUUGUAAAACACAUGUAUGUAGAUAUGAUAAGAGGUUAUUUAUAUUUCAAGAAGAAACUGCAUCUCAGCU